CAGACUUUCAAGUAAAAUGGAUGUGAAGCCACCCAGUGAAGUUUGGUGGUGGACAACAUGGACACGUCUGGGCCUUUGGACUGGGGCUUCUUCUCAUCAUCAUUACAGCACACGUGGAUGCAACAUUCUGGAAAGUUCCACAGAUCUGCGUUAAUCCCGGCAUGUUCCAGAUGAGAGACAACAGUAAUGACGGCCAUCGCUUUCACGGUCUGGUUGCUGUGCCUGCUACCUGCUGCGGCGCUGUCUCGCUGGGCGUGCGUGCGGGCGUGUCCCCGGUCCUGCUCCUGCACGCAGGAGAAGAGCUGCAGCGUCCUGUGCGACCGCUCCGGUCUCGCUGAGCUGCCCAGAGAGUUCCCCUGCGAGGCGUCGGCCAUCAACCUGGACAAGAACAGCCUCAAGUUCCUAUCGGAGAAGGCCUUCGGUACCCUGCCGUCCCUCAAGUUCCUCUCCCUGGACCACAACAACAUCUCCUUCAUCACGCCUGGAGCCUUCAAGGGCCUAGCCAACCUGGUGGAGCUGAAGAUGGCGCACAACGAGUACAUCAGCUACCUUCACACCCGCACCUUCACCGGACUGAAGAAGCUGGUGCGCCUGGACCUCUCCGACUGCAACCUUUUCAACAUCCCAGACCGCAUCUUCAUCGAGCAGACGGCGCUCAAGGAGCUGCUCUGUUUCCAAAAUAAGUUCCGCAGGAUCCCCGGCGCAUUCCGGGGCAUGGAAAACCUAACCCACAUCUACCUGGAGAGGAGCAAGAUUGAGGCGGUGGCCUACAACUCUCUGCUGGGCCUUGGUGGUCUGAAGUACCUGAACCUCCAAGAGAACCGCAUCAACGUCAUCCACGACCAGGCCUUCCAGGACCUGGUGCGCCUGGAGAACUUUUACCUCAACGACAACCAGCUGUCCGACUUGCCGCGGCAGGCCUUCAAGGGCCUGAGCCGCCUCAAGAUGCUCAACCUGGGCGGGAACCGGCUGACCAACGUGUCCAAGACCUGGUUCAGCGACCUGGUGGAGCUGGAGGUCCUCUACCUGGACCGGAACCAGCUGCUCUACAUCGAGGAGGGCACCUUCGAGAACCUGACCAGCCUGAUCACGCUGCACCUGAACAGCAACAACCUCACCACUCUCCCCUUCCCGGUUUUCCAGCCCGUCUACUUCCUGGGCCGCCUCUACCUCUUCAAGAACCCCUGGGAGUGCCAGUGCUCCCUGGAGUGGCUCAAGGACUGGAUGGAGAACUACAAGCUGGUGCGGGACAUCCGCUGCUCGGCGCCCUCCUCCGUCGCCGGGUUGGAUCUGGGCCAGGUGGUCUUUACCAGGGUGAACGGCACCUGCGUGGACCCGGCGGACCUCAACCUGACCACGGUGUCUUCGGAGGUGGCGUCCACCACGGAGAACCGCUUCAACAGCCUCCUGUCCAAGAUGCUGCAGCAGGAGCUCCGCGAGGAGAUGGGGAACUGGACGGAGGGCGCUCGCAACGGGACGCUGGCGGACCCCGUGGACGGACAGCUGUCGGCGGGGGCGGACCGGCGUCGCUGUCCAAGAACGUGGUCUCUCGCGGCAUGGCUCGUCUUCUGGGCCGGCGCGGGACUUUCUUGUACGUGAGCUUCCCUGACGGAGUAGCUUCGAGGCGUCCAUUUUAUUAACGUCCUGGCCUAAGCGUUCUUUGUCACUGACAGAUGUUCUCUCACUCGCUGUUCUUUCCUGCACUCUCUCUCGCCGUUAAUCUUCUUACAUCAUGUGAGUCCCCCUCCCACUUGAUGAAGGCGGGGGCUGUGGUUGAUUGACAUAUGCCAGACUGUGGAUUUGGGGGAUUCCUGCACUCAGACGCCGUCCGCGUGUCGCUUCGUAGUCUUGAUGCUGCUGUGGUCGCCUCAAAUAUAUUUUUUAAAAUAAUGGCAAUAAAAAGCGGAAAAAACCCCCAAAAUGUUUCCUUUUCCUCGCCUCAAUCGAGGAGCGGAGUUGAUCUUUAACGAGGGAUUACGGCCUGAGAUCGUCGUCUAGCAACCUUUCCACGCGGCAAAUGCUGCAGGCUUCACUACACGUCUUGAAGACACUUUCUCCCGCAGCGCUUCACACGCUGCAUGGUGGAUUUUUAAAUAUAUUAAAACAUAAAAACAAAAAACAAAAUCCCUGAAUUAAAGCUGCAAGGAUUAGGAGCGACAAAACACUCGGAUUGAUUGGAACCUGCCAGCCUUUUUCCUUUUUAUGUCCAACAUUGGAACAUUUAUUGUUUUCAUUCAUCUUUGUCAUCUCGAUAAGCACACUUCUGCAUUGUGACCAAUCACCUGCUUGCAUCGUUUAGAUCUGGGGUCAGCAACCCGUGGCUCUCGAGCCGCAUGUGGCUCUUUAGCACCGUCCUAGUGGCUCCUCUGAGCUUUUUCAAAAAUGGAAAAAGAUGAGUGAAAAAUAUGUUGUUUUAAUAUAUUUUCUGUAGGAGAACAAACAUGACACAAACAUUCCCAAUUGUUAGAAAUCCCACUGUUUAUAUUAAACAUG